AUGCACUCGCGGAACCGAUAUCAUCCCAAAGUCCUUCCCGAAGAAGACGUCUUGGAAGAUGCGCUAAACACCACGCUCAUCUCUCCGAGGUCUAAACAGUCGCAACAGCAGCAAAGCCCUUCUUCGAAAGCUUUAUCGGUGCAGAUGUUGUUCGUGUUCCUCUUGGCGUUCGUGACUUUUACGUAUUCUGAAUUGGAUUUCUUUUCUUCAACUUCAACUUCAUCAUCACCCCUAGGAGAAACCAGUCGUCUAGAGAAUGACGAUGAAUACGUCGAGAAGAAGAGAGAAGGAGUAGAAGUAGAAGUAGAAGUGGGCGCUUCGUUUGAUGAAAAAGAAGCGUCGUCGUCGUUCAAAAAUGUCCUCGUCUCCUGCCCGACGAACGACGACGUGAAUAAAGUGAAUCCAGUGGAUUUCGAGACAGAUUUGGACUACGUGUUGGAAAAUUUCAAAAGAACGGAAACAACAUCCGAUCCGUUCGAGGAAAUCGUUUACGUUUGUAACGUGUUCCCUCCGGAAUUAUACGAGAAAAUGCUGUCUGAUUUUCCUCUGAUUGCUUCGAUGGAACCGACGGAGAAAGGAAGAUGUUCGGAAGCGGGAGAUUGGAAGCUCGCAAAGUGCAAGAGUUAUUCGGCGGCGGGGUCGAAUCAAUUCAAGGAUUUGCGAUGGAAGUUGAGCGGGUACGAUGUGAUCGAUCCAAAGAAUAGAGUGGAGAAGUCUGGGUUUAGGGAUUUCGAGAGCGCGAAGGAAACGUGGAGAAGAGUGGAACAGAUUUUGUUCAGCGAACGAUUUCAGAAUCUCGUGUACGAUAAGUUGAAGUUGCCGGAGGGAUGGCGAGAUAAAAUGAUUACUGGUAACGUGCCGACAGAUUUUAGGUUGCAAACGGACAAGAUGGGCGAGAACGGGUACGCGAUUGGAGUACACCCAGAUACGCCGAAGAAGUUGGCGACGAUGCAAUUUUAUUUCCCGGGGCUUCACGGAGGAGACGAAAAGAAGCAAGAAAGUAAGUACGGCACGUGCGUACACACGGCGAAGCAAUUCGAAGAGAGAGACAGGAAGAACAACAACGCCGCACCUUGCGAAAAGAAGUUUGGUUUUCGACACAACAGCAUGUAUGCUUUUAAAGUGCACGAAACGAGUUAUCACAGCGUCGAAAAGGCUUUAGAAGAUGCCGGAGAAAGGAACACUUUUUAG